UCAUCGCAUACGAUUCCCGCGCAAUUCCUUCACUCCCUCCAUCAAUCCAACGACUGUUUUGAAGUGGCUUCGCAUUUCGAUUUGAGUUCGGAUUGCGCUCAUGGUUUGGAAUGCAGGGUUCAGUCAAUUUCACGCUGCAAUGCGUCGAAAUCGAAUCGACGGGAGUCGCUGAUGACAAACGUGAAAUUUGUUGUGGAGCUUGACGGACAACUUUUAAGAUGGAGGAGAGAAUGAAGCGUUUACAUACAUGACGAGAUUGAGCCAUUCGAUGUGGCAUUUUCUGGUGAACGAAGUAACGCUCAAGUGAUUCUUUGUUUCUGAGAUGGUGCUGGAUGCCAUGCGACAACUGGCAUGAAAACAUUCAAACUUGAACGGAAUCAUGGCCGAUGGGGAGGAUUUAAUUUCUUAUCAAAUGGAAGUCAAACCCUGAUUUUGUGUCAUAUCGGCCGUUGGCUGUUUCUGUCGGUUCUUUGACGUGCUUUGGAAGUGAUUUACAAUGGCAGGUGAAGAGAAAGAGGAAGAAUCGCUCAAAAGAAAAAAAGUGGACAAUGUUCCGCGUGGCAUGGCAUGGGGAGCUCAAUCCUUUGCUUCUGCAAGAAUCAGCAGCAUUCGCGAGAAAGAUCCCUCGAGCGUCAGUGACUUUGGCAGAUACAUGGCUGAAAAGCGCCGCAAGCUAAAUGUGCAAUAUAAUGAGGACUCUUCUAACAAGCUUCUCAACAAUGCGACAGCGGCUGUUGCAGCGCUACAUUCAAAGGAGGGGCAAAUUGUAGUCGCUGAGAUUUCAACCAAGUCACGCAUAUUCAAUGGAAUUUCAAUUUGGGUGGACGGUUUCACUGUACCUACUCAUCAGGAGCUACGACAUCUAAUGCUACAAUAUGGAGGUGUUUUUGAGAAUUACUUUAGAAGGGAGCUUGUCACUCACAUCAUUUGCAGCACUCUUCCUGAUAGCAAAAUUAAAAAUCCAAGAUCCCUCAGUCGAGGUUUGCCAAUAGUAAAACCAGAAUGGAUCGUGGACAGCAUAGCUGCAGGCCGAGUCCUAUCUUGGGCUCCAUAUCAACUCCAAAGAAUAGCAUUGGAACAUCCAAAUCAGCGUACUCUGCAGUCGGCAUAUUUGAAUCCCAAACUCGAUCACUGCCCUCUUCCUCUUGACUGGAGGGAUAAUUACCCAACAUAUUCAAACAUGAUGGACAUAGACUUAGAACCCCGAUCGGAGCUGCUAGCACUUGAAAAUGUUCCAACGUCAGACAACCAAGGUCCAUCUUCUGUACAAGAUGGAGCUGUUAAUUUUACCCUUUUGGAGGAGGACCUGAAAGGCAUUGAAGUGAAAGCUGAUGAAUGCUCUGAGACUGAAAACCAAGGAGUGCUCGAGUCCCACGGCAAGAAAGACAGUGUAGCUAUUGUAGACAGAAGUAAGCGAAAUACCGGCGCUGGCUACUCAGAUGCCGCUGCUGCUGCGACUCACUCAACGUUGGGAGACGAUAAUUUUGUACAAAACUACUUCAAGUCUUCUAGACUUCAUUUCAUAGGAACAUGGCGUAACCGUUACCAAAGUCGGUAUGGGUCCUUCAACGAUAAUAGUGAAGGUCAAGACCAACAAGUUUUUAGAGCUAAAUCAGGAAGUGAUCCUGCUGUCAUCCACAUCGAUAUGGACUGCUUCUUUGUGGCUGUGGUUGUGAGAGACCGACCUGAACUUCACGACAAGCCAGUUGCUGUCUGUCAUUCUGAUAGUGUACGCGGUAGUGGAGAGAUAUCAUCUGCAAAUUACCCAGCAAGAGCUUUUGGAGUUCGGGCAGGCAUGUUUGUGCGUGAUGCGAAAGCAAAAUGUCCUGACCUGGAGAUAGUACCCUAUAAUUUUGAGGCUUAUGAGCAGGUAGCUGAUAAGGUAUACAAUAUUUUGCAUCACCAUUGUGGCAGAGUACAGGCUGUUAGCUGUGAUGAGGCCUUUUUGGACGUCACAGAUCAAGGGGACCCAUGCCAAAUUGCAUCAGUGAUAAGGAGCCAGAUUUUUGAAGCAACCCGGUGCACUGCUAGUGCAGGUGUCUCAAAGAAUAAGUUGUUAGCACGUCUGGCCACACGAAAGGCCAAGCCCAACGGUCUAUACUACAUUGCACCCUCAGAGGUAGAGGGAUUCAUGGAUGAGCUCGCCGUGGAGGAUCUUCCUGGUGUUGGAUGGACGUUAAAGGAAAAAUUAAAAUCUCACAAUCUUCACAAGUGCUCUGAUCUGCUAAGAGUUUCAAAGGACUUUUUGCAAAGGGAAUUCGGUGUGAAAACAGGAGACAUGCUGUGGUCUUAUGCACGAGGAAUUGAUACUCGUGAAGUUCAACAAGCUCAGAUACGCAAGUCAAUUGGUGCGGAAGUUAACUGGGGUGUUCGUUUUCUUGUGCCUGAGGAUGCUCAUCGUUUUUUGGUAACGUUAAGCACAGAGGUCGCGACACGCUUACAAACUGCUGCUGUCAAAGGUCGCACUAUUACCUUGAAGGUGAAGAGACGGAAAGAAGGCUCUGGGGAGCCUUCCAAAUUCAUGGGUUGUGGAGUUUGUGACAACUUCAGUCGUUCUGAAACGGUUGGAUACGCUACUGAUUCUCAGGAGAUCCUACUUCGUGUGGCAAAACAACUUUUCAACUCUUUUGCAUUCGAUGUGCGUGAUGUCCGUGGGGUAGGUUUGCAAGUCACAAGGCUUGAAGCAGUUGGUUCUGGCCAGUCACUGAAAGGUGGACAAGGCCAACAGCGUGCACUGAAGUCAUGGUUAGCUCCUGAGAUCAGCAAAGUAAUGCUGGAUGAAAGUGCUCCUGCGGAUCGUAACUCAGGCAAUCAGACAAUCAUACACAGAAGCACUGAGCCACUCAAGACAGAGGCUGGGGAAUCGAUUCCUGUCAAAAGUCCAGCUUUAGAUGUUCCGAAACUACCUCUCAAUACAUCAGCGCAAGACAAUAAUGAUUUACAUGCAGUGUUCACAGCUGCGGAAUCUGGUAUGAGGAAUUUCAUUGCACCAGAUACGAAGGAUCGCAUUCAGGUUGGGAGGAGUUCAACAAAAGCUGCACCACCUCCAACAAACUUACCCCCGCUCUCUGAAUUAGACCCCUCUGUUUUAGCUUCACUUCCGCCUGAAAUUCUGGCUGAAAUUCGAGAAGUUUAUGGGGAACUCGCAGCCCAGCCUGUGGUCUCCAGUAAGCCUGCAAAAAAUUAUUUAUCUCCUGUGGCAGUAAUGAAGGGUGCCCAUAAAACUAAAACAUCUGAGGUAAGUAAUAGAGUGGACAGAAGAGAAGAUGGAAUUAGAAGGGUUUUACCUUUGGAGCCCUUGACUGAACGAGGAGAAUCUUCACGGCCACCUUCAGUCCGCCCCGAAAUAGUAGCACUUCCACCAGCAUCACAGUUGGAUCCCUCAGUUAUGUCUGCGCUCCCGCUGUCUUUGCGAAGAGAGCUUGAGCAAGAAUAUAAGCGACAGCAGGUGAAGAAGCCUGAUAAGUCGACAUUGCGCGUGAGUGAACCGGAAAAGCUCUGCGUUGAGAGAUGUUCAUCAACUUCACUUGAAGAUCUUUGGACUGGUACACCACCUAAGUGGGUACACAUGUUCAAAGAAUCCCAAGAUGCAGAAUUUAGCAACUUGUGCGUGCUAGCGGAGCACAUGGCAGGUGCAGUCAGACCGUUUUCAGUUGUAAUGCUGUCGGUUCUCCCUCAUCUUUCGAAUGCAUGUUCUGCAACAGUAAGCCAGAAAGUUAUUCAAAGUUGUAUGGAGUUGAUUAAACAGUAUGUUCAACAAAUGAUAGCGUGCGACUUGGAGGAAGUUUGUAUGAUAAUGCGUGUGCUAAAAAGAGUUGCUGCCAAGUCUCAACUGUGGAGGGUUGUUGAGGAUCUCAUUACUCCCUUCGUUCAGGGUAUUGUUGGAGAGUGUUAUGGAGGUCACCUCAAAAUCUAACAAGCAACAGGUGCUGCUCUUAAUAAUCGCCAACACAUGAAAAUAUCUUCAGCCUCCAGAGCCUUUUGUUAGAAGCAUACAUUAAGUCCUAACAUCAGGAAGAAGCAAACACUUGUUUCAAAAUCUUAGCCUUAGAUUCCUUGUUAGAGAAAUUUUCGACAGUAUUCCUUCACCUGAGUUUCAGGGAAUUGUAACAUCCCAAUGUGCUGGAAAGACAUAGUGACGUACACUUUGUUUUCCAAAGUUUCAUCGAUUUUGGACAGAACUCACGAUGUCGCAAUCACCAGCAUAGAUUGAUAGGUUUAACUGAAGCAUGGAUACAUUUGAUGAUAAUCAUGGGUAAAGGAGAUAGUGGUGUGUCAUCCAAAUGGGAUGACACUGCAAUAGAGAUGGCAACCGAGUCAGGAGAGACAAAAGAGCAAUGUUUCAUUUAUUUUUGACGGCUUCACAAAAAGCCAAAGCCAAGUAAGAUUUGUACCAAAAGCUCCAACAUGGGAGUUGUUCGCACUUUCAUACAA